CUCACCGGCUGUGCCACUCUACGCCGCUUCAUAGUACGGCACUUGCAGAUAUCUAAAGCACGAAAUCGGUCGAUGCAUCGAACCAAAAUCCGUAUCGCGUACCACUGCACUGGAAAAUCGAGUCGCUGUCCAAUGAUUCCCCGCCAAGAUGACAGCCACAUCUGUGGUACCUCUCAAGAUAUGGGGCCAACUUCCCCAUUUAGUUCAAAGAGAAUGCGAGAUGCAGCCUUUACCUUUCUGCGGGACAGUACAUGUAUUAACCCAUCCCAAAAUUAUUCUCCCCUUGCGUCCGUCUCACUUUCGCUUUCUUCAGCUUGUACUUGUUCAUGAUGGCACAAAUCAAACCCAGAAAGCUCUGUUUUGAGGAAAAUGCAAUUGCUCAUGCGCGCGGAAAGAUCAAUACAGACGAAUAUCUCGAUGGCAUGCUCGAUCACCUUACUGGUGUUCGUCAUGCUCAAGAUACACCUCUCAAACGAAUUAACGCAGAUGGUCUAAGCAUGGCCAUUCAAAGCUGUCUGUUCGAGCCCAAUUUCAAGUAUCUAAAUGACGUUGCCUUGAUCAAGCGCCUCCUCGUCUCCUGCUGGAAUGACUCUCUCGACAUCGAAAUCCUCGCCCCAAAAGUCCUCUCCGCCCUCCUGCCUUACCACAUUUCCCCCAAAAUCCACCUCUCAAUGAUAACCAUUGCCUGCAUCCGCCGCGACCUCACACUCCUACGAUACUGCUUUACACUUACCGACUCUGAUGCCGUUUUCUGGGCAGCAACUACAUCUCCUAUCUUAGUAGCCGCCACAGCCACCCCAGACCCGAUCAUCUGGGACGUAUUAUUGUCAUAUGGAUGGUCGCGGCCCAAUGGGCAGUAUUGGGACAUCUGCGCAGAAGGAUUGAAGAUUAGAAAGGUAGACAACAAUCAAACCCACCAAGAUCGAUUAGCGAAUCUAGCGCUCAUUGCUAUUAAAGACUCAAGGAGGGUCGAGCUUCUGAAUAUACUGUUCGACCAUGGAUUGGUGGUUACAAACUCGCUGUUGAGCAAGGCGGCUGCUAGUGCGGACCCGAUGACUAUGAAGACUUUGCUGGAGAAUUGUGAAGAUGAUCAGGAGUUGGAUACCAGUAAAGCCUUGUUGGUUGCGGCUGAGAGCAAUGGGAGGAUCAUUGAGGUGCUAUUAGAUGGAGGAUUUCACGCUGAUUGGAAAGCUGCGAGUAGUCCACCUAGCUCGACUGAUCGUCACAAAACAAAAGACGGUAGGGAUGAGAAGAAGAAACAUGCGAGUGAUAAGAAGAGAGAUGGAGAUAAGCAUAACUCAAGCGCAAAGAGGAGAGAUGAAGAAAAAAAGAGCUCGAGAGACCAGAAACAAAAGACGGAACACAGGGAACACAAAGAAGGGGCACCGCUUGAAAGCAGAACAGCUCUUCAUAUUGCUUCAGCGAUGGGGAAUAUGGACGCCGUCAAGACGCUGCUGAAGAAGGGUGCAAGGACGGAGAUUAAGGAUAGUAACGGGAAGACGGCUGAGAAGCUCGCGGUGGAGAAGGGAUGGUUUGAGAUUGCGGAAUUGUUGAAGAUUAUUCAUGCUGCUAGGAAGAAGUGAGGACCAGGUUGAUGAUGGAGGACAAGAAGUAAAGGAUGGGGGAUUUCGAUAUUUGAGCGGACAAUACGGAGCUGGGCUCUAAGAUCUAUGACUGUUAACAUCUUCUGGAUAGCUAGUGCAGCGUUGUAUUUAUGAUAUCUUUACAUUGCUAC